UGUGGCUUGCUUGAAAAUUAUAUCUGAGCAUGCCCACAAAAGACUACUUUUGAUGCUCAUUUAAUAAAGUUUGCUACUAUAUCUACUUGAUUGAUGAUUUUUUGCCACCAAUGCUUUUAGUUUGCCUUAUGCUGCUUGACAGGAUGCAUGACAAUGUACAGAAUUGUGAUUCACACACUAUAUGCGUGUUGUCGUCCGUUAGUUUGAUCUUUUACCCACCUCGUACAAGAUGGUUCACCAUCAUGCGUUGAAGUUAAUGGAUCUUCCAAUGUUUUACUUGACUCGCACACAUCAUCUCUGCCCUCUUUUAACUGCUACUGGGGUUGGCGUUAUUACGGGUUUCUUGAUGUGCUACUUUUCUUGUUGUUUGCAAGCCAUGGCCCCACGAGGACUUAUGAUCACAGGGUUUAAGAUCCGAAACCGGGAGGUCACCUGCUCGGGGUGGCAUAUAUGCAUCCGAUCCGUUUCGAACUCCGAACCCGCUAAUAGGUUCCUAAUUGCGAAGGGUUUUCGUCAGUACGCGCUCGAGUCCUUAGGGCUUCUGCAGGCCGGCGACGGGGAGUGGAUACACGUGGCUUCCAUCCGUUGCCAGCUCGGCCACUCGCAGCCGUUCAUCGCCUCAUCCCUGCUAUAUAGUUCCCCCGUCGCCAGUCUGCCGGGUUCGGCCACUUUCCGAUCAUCUCAGAUCGUGCGCCCGCGCGCGCGUUCUUUCCGUUCCUUCCUUCUCUCAUGCUUCCAACAAUUUGAAUCGUUUUGGAUGGAAAGAAUCGCCGAUCUCAGCGUUAUUUGAUUUGGUUUCUUGACGAUCACGUAUGCUAUAGCGAUGGCGAAAAAGAAAAGGAAGUCGAAGAAUGGAGAAGCGGCGGCAUCAUCCGCUCCUCCACCUCCUUUAAAGAAGAUAAAGAAAAAUGAUAAGAAGAAGAACAAAGGUGCAGUUGCAGCACCUGCCUCGGCGUCUACGGCUUCACCCGCUGCUAAUAAUAGCGCGCCUGAGGGUAAGAAACAGCAGGUGCCCGUAGAGAAGAGCUCGGGGUUCAUCUUUAUGUGCAGCGGCGGGACGAAGCCCGAGUGUUACCGGUACCAGGUCUUUGGGCUGCCCAAAGGAAAGAAAGAGUUAGUCGAGAAGAUCAAGCGUGGCACCAAGCUUUUCCUCUAUGAUUACGACCUGAAGCUUCUUUACGGGGUCUACAGAGCGGCCUGUCAGGGAGGGAUGGACUUGGAACCGGACGCAUUUAGAGGGGGUUUCCCAGCUCAGGUGAAAUUCAAGAUUGAUAAGGAUUGCCUUCCUCUUCCUGAAGCUACAUUUAAACUUGCUAUUAGAGAUAAUUAUAACUUUAAGGGCAAGUUUACCCCACAACUGAAUUCAAAACAGGUCCAUAAAUUGUUGUCGUUGUUCCGUCCUGUUACUCUGCCACCUGAGCCUGCACCUGCCAUUCAUUAUGUUGAGAAUCACCGAUCCCCAGCUCAUUAUUUACCUCCUGCGGAUCCAAAUGGGUCACAAUAUUUGGCACGUACUCCAACUCCUGAGCGGCGCUACAUCUCUCAAGUUCCUCUUUCUGCCAGCGGUCCCUAUGCACGCCUCCGAGUAGUUCCUGCAGUUGAACCUGGACGUGUGCUUUCAUCUUUUGAGCCUGCUGCUGAUCCAUAUUGCCCGGUACCUCCAGUCGCGUCAUAUUUUCCGGCACCUCCAGCCAAGUCGUAUUAUCUGGCACCACCAGCUGAUUCAUAUCACCAGGCACCUCCAGCCGAACCAUCUUAUCGGGCACCUCCACCCGAUCCAUCUUAUCGGGCACCACCAGCCAAUCCAUCAUAUCGAGCACCCGCAGCCGCACCUCCAGCUGAUCCUUCUUAUCAGGCAUCUCUAGCUGAUCCAUCUUAUCAGGCACCUCCAGCUGAUCCGUCUUAUCGGGCACCUCCAGCUGAUUCUUAUAAUCGGGCCCCUCCAGCUGAUUCUUAUUAUCGAGCCCCUCCAGCUGAACCGUAUUAUCGGGCACCUCCAGCUGAUUCUUAUUAUCGGGCCCCUCCAGCUGAUUCUUAUUAUCGGGCCCCUCCAGCUGAUCCUUAUUAUAGGGCACCUCCAGCUGAUUCUUAUUAUCGGGCCCCUCCAGCUGAUUCUUAUUAUCGGGCCCCUCCAGCUGAUCCUUAUUAUAGGGCACCUCCAGCUGAUUCUUAUUAUCGGGCCCCUCCAGCUGAUCCAUAUUAUCGGGCACCUCCAGCUGAUCCAUAUUAUCGGGCACCUCCAGCUGAUCCAUAUUGUCCAGCACCUCUAGCCGAUCCAUAUUAUCAAGCAUCCUCAACUGAUCAAUAUCAAGUGGAGUCUGUGCAAGCUUAUUAUCCAGAAAAUCCUGUUCGAUCUGCAAGGAUUCGUUAUAGGAUGGUGCCUGAGAUAAUUCCAAGUGAUCCCCUCCUUGCAAGGGACUAUGACACUGUAACAUCGAGGGAGGGAGGACUGGCUCCACAGACAGAUCGUGCUGCUGACGAUGAGCUCUACAACCCUGACCAUGCAACCUCAAGCAGGGUGGCUGCGUCAUCCAUGCCUGUUACUUCACUCUACCCAUUUGUUGGUGCAAUGCCAUAUCGCUAAUUGUUUAUGACUGGUGAAUGUUUUGAUGCUGUCCCUUAUCUGUUGCUUUCAUAUGUUGGACUCGACCAGUGUUAUGUUUUGUAAGAAGGUAGCUAGCUACUCUAGAUGUUGUGAUUAAAGGUUUCCUGUGAACCAUUGUUGCAAAUUAGUGAAACAACUAUUGUUAGGACAAAACCUGAACCGAUUAAAAAAAAAAAAAAUCUUGUUGUUUUCUUAA